AUGAUUAGACAAACAAUCCAACAAACUAAACUUUUGACCUUUAGACAAGUAACACCAACAUUAUACACCUGUUCUAGAUUUCAGGCUGUAAAGCGGGGUGUUUCCGGUACUACAAAAGUUAGAAGCCCAUCUCCAAAUGUCUCGGAAAGUAAAUUUACAUCAAAAGAUACUUUUUCUAGUAAAAGGAAUUUGACAAAGAAUGAAUUUAACAUGGGCGAGACUACCGAUCAGGUCGAGAUUGAUGAGAAUGAACAUUUUGAACAAUUGAACGAUGAGACCAAUGCAAAAAGGCCAAACAUAGAUGUUCUAAAAAAAAGAGGUAAAACUGGUGAAUUGGAACAAGAAAGACCUGACGAUGGGUUAUGA